AUGACGAAGGUGCGGAGAGACAACCCCUCAAAAAUCCUGCUCAACCUUUGUGCUGCGCUGCUGAUGCUGAACAUUGUCUUCCUCACCAACUCCUGGCUGACCUCGUUCAACCAGCCAGGCCUUUGCAUCACUGUGGCCAUGCUCCUCCACUAUUUCCUUCUUGCAGCAUUCACGUGGAUGUGCCUGGAGUCUGUUCACUUUUAUUUGGCUCUUGUCAAAGUUUUCAAUGUUUAUGUCCCAAAGUACAUCCUAAAAUGCUGCAUUGCUGGCUGGGACUUCUAUGGCAAUGGGUCACUCUCUAAGAGCCAUCCUUACAGCAAUUUUUGCUGGAUCCAGGACAACACUGUGUUCUACAUCUCUGUCGUGGCCUAUUUCUUCUUAAUAUUUUUGAUGAAUACAGCUAUGUUCAUCAUUGUUCUCCUUCAAAUCCACUCUGUGAAAACAAGGACACAAAAGACAUCCAGAUUCUGGAAACGGGGUGCUCUCCAAGACCUCAAAAGUGCUUUCAGCCUGAUGUUUCUUUUGGGGUUAACGUGGGGCUUUGCCUUUUUUGCCUGGGGAGCAGUGAGGAUAUUUUUCUUGUAUCUCUUCAGCAUUUUUAACACCUUGCAAGGGUUCUUUAUCUUUGUGUUUCACUGCCUAAUGAAGGAUGAAGUAGUGAAGCAGUGCCGAGUACACUUCUGCUGGGGAAGAUUUCGUCUGAGUAGUUAUUCUGACUGGAGUGGGUCAGAUGCAACUUCUGGAUCUACACCAAAGCAUUUAAACCACAGAUCACCAUCCCAGGCUUUGUGGAGUCUACAUUCUAAUGGAACAAGUUCAACUUUCAAUGCAGAUUUGCUUCCCAUGACUUCUCCAGAUACAAAUUUUAAGAUUGCUGAAGUCCAUUGCAAUCCCAGUGCUGUAUCUCCAGAUGAUGAGACCUACCAUCCUUUUUCACAAAGAAUACUAUCCAUGGAUACAGGGUUGCACUAUAAACAGAAAGUAGGAUUUUUACACUGAUGAUGAUUUUUUUU